CAAGGAGAGAAUCAGAGAGACAGAGAGACUAAGCUGAUCCAAGCGACGUCGUUUCAGAUCCACUAUCUAAAAUGACUACAUUCAGCGGCGAUGAAACGGCACCGUUUUUCGGAUUCCUCGGCGCCGCUGCUGCCCUCGUCUUCUCCUGUAUGGGAGCUGCGUAUGGAACGGCGAAGAGUGGCGUCGGAGUCGCGUCGAUGGGAGUGAUGAGGCCGGAGCUGGUGAUGAAGUCGAUUGUACCAGUUGUUAUGGCUGGAGUUUUAGGUAUUUACGGGCUUAUCAUUGCUGUUAUCAUCAGUACUGGGAUUAACCCUAAGGCCAAAUCGUACUACCUUUUCGAUGGCUAUGCGCAUCUCUCGUCGGGUUUGGCGUGUGGUCUGGCCGGGCUCUCAGCCGGAAUGGCAAUCGGGAUUGUUGGCGAUGCCGGUGUCAGGGCUAAUGCGCAACAGCCUAAACUUUUUGUUGGUAUGAUCCUCAUUCUCAUCUUUGCUGAAGCACUGGCCCUAUAUGGCCUUAUUGUUGGCAUUAUCUUGUCAUCCCGAGCUGGCCAGUCCAGAGCAGAAUAAGAAAGGGACUGUACUACCCAGUAUUCUUGUAUCGUUCAUUGGUAACAUUUUGGGAAGAAAAUAACUUAAUUCUUCUGAGAUCAGCAGUGGUUGGUGAGCACUUGCAGGGUUCACCAAUGUUUUCAUAAUGGAAGUUAGUGCUCCAAAACAAUCUUUCUGUUCUGUUAUUUGUAGAAGUAGGAUUGAGUUUAUCUGCAAGAAUAAAAUGCUUGUGAAGGCUGUAUUUGUUUGGUAUAGAAACUAGGAACUCUGGACCUAGUGCAUGUAUGAUUUUUGUUUUCUGCGGCCUUGUGCUCAUUUAACUUUGGCAAGUUUAUACAUAUAAUUUGAACAAUUUCUUGGUUCCUGUGUUUAAA